GCUCCUUACUGCCCUGCAGGCAAUCGUGCUUGUGGCCAGGAAAAGGAGGACAUAAAUUCCUUAAAUCCCAGCAGGUCCGAGGGUCUGUGUUCAGACAUCUCGAGGCAAGAAAAAGAGGAGGAAACUAUCCCAAAUUAUCACAGGAAACAUCAUGCAAAAGCCCUGCAAAGAAAACGAAGAAAAGCCCAAUUGCCGUGUGCCAAAGAGAGAGGAAGAACGCCGCUAUGGAGAAUUUGAACACCAGCAAACAGAAGGGAAUUUUAGACAAAGGCUGCUUCAGUCUCUCGAGGAAUUUAAAGAGGACAUAGAUUAUAGGCAUUUUAAUAAUGAAGAAAUGACAAGAGAAGGCGAUGAGAUGGAAAGGUGUUUGGAAGAGAUAAGGGGUCUGAGGAAGAAGUUUAGGGCUCUGCAUUCUAACAACAGGCAUUCCCGGGACCGUCCAUAUCCCAUUUAAUGCAUCACUCUUCUGAAUUCAACUAUUUUCUGUUAUUAACAUAGCCACCAGUGGGUUCUUUUUGUCUGCAUUUUCUUGCUAAAUAUUUGCUAACAUUUUACUCCAAUCCUGCAAUGUUCCUUUAAUUUACUUAUGACUCUUGGUACCAACAUCUCG